UGUGUGGCGAUUAAUUGAGAACACCUGUGUGCCUGCUGAGGUCGUGUCCGUCCUCCUGCGCUAAGUUACAACACUGUGACGAUAAACUGCAAUUGAAUGUCAAUUUAUACGUCCUUCUCGGUCUUUCCUAAUAAUGUAAGCAGGGCUUUCGCCAAAAGCAGCCAAACUGAAUAUUCAAGUACAGGAUAAAAAACCUCUGUAUUUAUUUUAGCACUAAAGAGAUGAGGCUACUAACUUAAAAUGGUUAGCGUAUAUAAUGGUAUGUUAUAUGAAAAGUGGCUCUCCCUGGCUAUCGGCUGAGAAGCACACAGCUGCUAGCUUCUUUUCUGUAUGGAAAGAUGCCUCUCUUUAUAAACAGAGACCAAAUGUUUGCUCAUCAGGUCCACCUGCUCGAGCACAAACUCAGGAGCAAAGAGGAGCGAAUACUGGAACUGGAGACAGAAAAUGCUAUUCUACAUUUGAGACUUUCUGAGUGUCAGGGGAAACUCCGCCGGGAACCAGAAGAGGAUGACAAGGCCCUGACCCAUCAUCAGCACCAGAGGAAUGCACAGAAAAUAACCCGGUCUGCACUCGCCAAACUCCUCUCUGGUGUCCAGGCUGUGAAGCAGGACCUGAGUGAACUUUUUGCAGUUUAUUUGAGCUUUGCCACUGAGCUGGAGGAGAAGAGCAAGCAGCUGCUGGGGAAAGUUGCACAAGCCAGCUGUUCUCCAACUGGUCACCAGAGAGAGGAUCUUCAGAGCUUGCAGGCUCAUGUUGCUGUCCUGGAGCGCUCUCUGGAGGAGGAGAGAGAGAGGUGCAGGGCAGAGAGGCAGAGGAGGAAAGAUCUUCACAACAGACUGGUGGAGCUGAGAGGAAACAUCAGGGUUCACUGCAGAGUGCGACCAGUUCUUCCUUUUGACCACACAGACGCCUCCACUUCUGCCUCAGGGCUAUCAGAGGAGGUAGUCUCUGCAUUCAGUGAUGACACAGUGAUGGUGAAUUGUAUAAAAACAGGGAUGGCAGUGCACAACAAGAUGUUUGAAUUUGAGAGAGUGCAUGGACCAGAGGAUUCCCAGGAUUCUGUGUUUGAGGAGGUGAAGCCACUUCUCACAUCCCUGCUGGACGGCUAUAAUGUGUGCAUCAUGGCAUACGGGCAGACGGGCAGUGGGAAAACACACACCAUGAUGGGAUCUCGGCCGCUGGAAGAGAAUUCUGGGACACAGCAGGGGAUCAUCCCCAAGGCUGCUGCAGAGCUCUUCAGGCUCAUCUCUGAGAAGCCCGCAGAAAGCCACACCGUGGAGGUGUCAGUGAUGGAGGUGUACAACAAUGAAGUGUUUGACCUCUUGGCCAGAGACGAGCUCGGCUGCGCCACCGGCCAGCGCAGGGACGUCAUCACCACGUCCUCUGGUACCAUCCAGGUCACCUCCCUCAUGCACAUUCCAGUAUGCAACGCCUCUGAGGUGAUGCAGAUCAUCAGCAGUGUUUUAAAGCUCAGGACUCACUGCCAGACCCUCAUCCACCCUGACUCCUCACGCUCACACCUCAUUGUCACUCUCACCAUUUCCUCCAAGAGCCCUAACGCUUUGGCCCUGGCCCGCAGGUUACAGAGAGCCAAGAAGGACAUGCAGCGCUCCACCCAGAAGGAGUUCUGGAGUCCACGCUGUCGCCGUGCCAACCCCACUGCCCAGCACUCGUCUGAUGAGCUCUUGGCAAGCUCCUCCUCCUCUCCAUGCCCCUCCCCUUCCCUUUCCCCAUGCCCCUCCCCUAGGCCCAGCAUCUCACAGGCUCCCUUCAAGACCAAACUGCAGCUGGUGGACCUGGCAGGGAGUGAGUGUGUUGGUAUGUCUGGAGUUUCAGGUGCAGCUCUGUGGGAGGUGUCCUGUAUAAACCGCAGUCUCUCUGCUCUGGCUGACGUCCUGGGAGCUUUGGCUGAACAGAGACCACAUGUCCCGUACAGAAACACCAAACUUACUCAUCUGCUGCAGGAUGCCAUAGGGGGCGAUGCCAAGCUGCUGUUGAUGCUAUGCGUGUCCCCCACGCAGAGAUACAUCACAGAGUCUCUGCAGUCUCUGGGUUUAGGCUCGCGGGCCCGUCAGGUCCAGAAAGAGCCACGAAGGAAGAGCAACACCCUCAAAGUUUAGUGUCAAGAAUAAGGGAGAAAAUGUGAUCCUGUGUUGAUAUUGUGACAAAAUAGAUUUAUGUUUGAGUUUUUUACAACGAACAGAUGGAGGGAAGUAGGUUUUUUUUUGUUAAAUAGUGUUGAUAGGCCCUUUAAAGAGACUUGAAAAGAGCAGCCUUAAACAACAUGACUUUAUCUUACACAGGUUUGUGUAAUACUGUUUGCCUCUGCCUAGGUUGUUGUCAGAUUAUGAGCAUAUUUAAAGAGCUGUAAAGGGUUUUUAAAUGUCUGUUCGUGAUGAUAUCAGGCUGCACAUUUAAACAGACUAGGCUGUUGACUUAUUUUAAAUUCAAUGCUUCAGUAGAUUGGACACCCAAAUAUGUCCGAUAUCACUGAAUAGUGUUUUUUUUUCACUAUCUGUCCCCUUUUAAUAAAAUUAGAUGGCAUUUUAAUAUCUUUCAGUGCCAUUGAAGGUGUUUUAAAGCCACAUAUGUACAUUGAAUAUAAGUGUGUAGAAAGCCCUGAACCUUGAUGAGUAGUUAUGAAUGGUAAUGUUAAUACACAUCAGAUGUAUAAUCAGAACUUUUAUAACAAAAACCAGAGUAUAUGGCACCAACUUAGUCAAUUAGUUUUUGUUAUUUAAAGUAUGGUUAAAGUAAAAUUCAUAUAAAUUUGUUUUAGUGUUUUUUUCUUUAUAUAGAUUUUAGUACUUGUUGCUUCCGCCAUGCCUCCCCUUUGAUUCUGUUUUGGGUGCAUCUUUGUUUAAUCCAUAUGUAUACACAUUUUUGUGUGCUGUUCUGUAACCAUCACCUGCCAACGCCUUAGUG